AUGGAAAAAUUUAUUGGAAAAUUUGGGUCGUUACAGUCUCUUGGAGGAGUCGGUCACGUGGUGCCACCAGGUGGUGCCACUUCAUCAACCCAAGAAUACCACCGAAAAAAUCUCAUAAACCCUCGUUAUCAGCUGCAUAAGCCAAAAAGCCCUCGUCUAGGGUUUUAUUCAUCAACGCCCUCUCUGAAAGAUCAGCGUUCCCGAGGUUUACAAGAUACAACAAUGGCUUUCUUCAACAGAGCUAGUAGUAUACUACGACAGGCUGCUGCAAGUAAACAUAUUAAUCCUCAAAUGUCAGCAGCUACUCCAUCAAUCUUUCAAAUGAUAAGAUGCAUGUCAAGUUCCAAAGUCUUUGUAGGAGGAUUGGCAUGGGCUACAGAUGAUCAGAGCUUGAAAGAAGCUUUUAGCCCAUAUGGUGAAGUCCAUGAAGCUAGAGUGAUCAUGGAUAGAGAAACUGGUCGUUCAAGAGGUUUUGGCUUUGUUACUUUUGGCGAUACUGAGGCUGCUUCUGCUGCAGUCCAAGCAAUGGAUCAAAGGGAGUUGCAUGGUAGAAUGGUGAGAGUGAAUUAUGCCAACGAUAGACCACAAGGUGGUGGUGGUUAUGGUGGUGGUGGUGGUGGUGGUUAUGGUGGUAGUGGUGGUGGUUAUGGUGGUAAUAGUUAUGGUUCUGGUGGUGAUGGUGGGUAUGGAGGUGGUAGUGUUGGAGGGGGAUUUGGGGGUGAGAGUCAGCAGGCGGCUGGUGGUGGUGAUGCUUAUGGAAGUGGUGGUCCGGUAGAAGGAGGCUAUGGGAACAAUGAUGAGCCUGAUGAUUUUGCCAAAAGGGCUUAA